AUGAUUAAUACUUCCUUAGUACAAAAGCUCACGCAUAUUGGGGUGAUUUGCAUGACCUGUCACUUUUCAUCAACACUUCAAGUUACACUUUUAUCAAAUGUUAAAAAUUAUCAUUCGAAUAUAAAAGAACUCUUCACUCUUCUCAGUGUUGCUUCUUCAGCACAAAAUUUCACCAAGAAGAAAAAAAAAGUUAUGAAUGAAAUAAGUUUUCAGUUGAGACUUACGACAGUGAAUAAGUGA